CAUAGUUUGCAGGCUCCAAACACCUAUAAAAGCACAUGUGCACACCUAGACCUUUCCAACCUCUCCUGACAUCGUGCACCUGUUGUUUUUUUUUUUUUUUCCUUAGAAAUUUGUUGUGCCUUUGUAUAAUGGGUAGGCCACCUUGCUGUAACGAGAGUGGUGUUAAGAAAGGGCCAUGGACACCGGAAGAAGAUGAAAAGCUAAUGGAUUAUAUUAGCAAACAUGGAAGGGGAACGUGGAGAACCCUUCCAAAGCAUGCAGGUCUAAAUAGGUGCGGGAAAAGCUGCAGGUUAAGGUGGGAAAACUAUCUAAGACCAGAUAUUAAGAGAGGGAAAUUCACUGAAGAAGAGGAGCAAUUGAUCAUCAACCUUCAUUCAGUUAUUGGAAACAAGUGGGCAAAGAUUGCUACCCAUCUUCCAGGGAGAACCGAUAAUGAGAUCAAGAAUUAUUGGAACACCAACUUAAGAAAAAAGCUUCUCCAGAUGGGUAUUGACCCAGAAACUCACAAGCCUAGAACUGACUUCAAUCACCUCUUGAAUCUUUCCCAGUUGCUUGGCUUGUCAAAUUUGGGCACAUCAACGAGUCCCUGGACAAAUCCUCUGGGUUUACAAGCAGAUGUCACUCAAAUAGCCAAACUACAACUGCUACAAAACAUGUUACAACUAUUUAACGGCACUUCAUUGGUUAACAUAGGUAACCCUUACCUCUUAGGAAAUCAAAUUCUCAACCCACUUGAUACAUUUCUCAAUGGGACAAACAUCCUACCAGACAAAGAUUCAAUUUUGAGAGGUCUAGAAUAUGCAAACCCUGUAGGUAACAAUUCUGGCCUGUUUCUGUCUCAAACAUACAGUGACUCCAGUGUCUUCAAAUCACGGACUGAAAAAGAAAAUGAAACUAAUCAAGAAUUUCUUGGUUAUAACCAAAGCAUCAGCACUUUUCCAGAAAAUCAAGCAGAAAACUUACUUCCUGCAUUAGUUGCAUCCGGUCCAAGGUCAAGCACCUUCAACCAAAUGGAUUUCAACUACAACGCAGCACGAAUGUCCACCCAGUCACCUUCCACAACCUUUGAGGCUUGGGAGAAGUUCCUUAUUGAUGACGAUGAAUCAAGCGGUUCUUACUGGAAAGAGAUUCUAGACUUGACAUAUCCACUUUCCUGGUAGAAGAAUGAUUGAAUGUCGUUUAAGAUAAUCAACUAAUGGAUCGCCUACACAGAUACACAGAUUUUUUCAUUCGUUUUUUUUUUCCCCCUUUGAUUGAUUGAUUCAUUCUAAUGAUUUUUUUUAUUUUUAGUUUAUUUUCCAUCAUAAAUUUGUGACUUGAAAUAAUAAUUAGUUCUUCUUCAUAGACGAAAAAAAUUGCAAAUUGUUCAGUUUGAUUUUCUUUAUUUCUUAUGAUUGUAUUUGUAUUUUCUGUAAAAUAAAGCAUCAAGCUAGCAACAUCUUUAGUAGUGACAGGGCAGAAUUAUAAAUAAGAUUUGUAUUAAUAUCUCUUUUAUUUGAUCUUAUGCUACUAUAGCAAUGAGGACAAUAAUCUUUUGCACAAUUCCUCUACUCUCUUACUAAAGAAAUUUUGACUCGCUAAUUCUCGCAUCAAUCAUGAAUAUGGAAAAGGAAUGCAUUACCAUGACAAAAUUUGUGAUUUUGGAAUUAGCGUACGGCCAGACCCGGCCGUUAGCUCAGAAAGUUUGCGUGUGGAAAUACAAAAGAAUAAUGCAAAAAGACACAUAAACACAACCACCCUUUCGUUUUCACGUUCGAUCACCAAUUAAACUGCUCCAUAAGAUAAGGAUUUAGGUUGGCCAUAACGUAUUGCAUUUAAGUAUAAAUAAAGCCAAGAGACUUAGUGACGCUAGCUAGCUCCAUUCAAAUGCUUUUUUUACAACAAUAUGGCUUUACAAUAUGUAUCCUACAGUCUUAACCAUAGUUUUCAUUAUUGCUUUUUCUUCUUACAAACAUUUCAGAGAUCCUAAUUAUUGUAAUGUUAAGAGAGUCUUCUAUAUAAGGAUGAUUUUGCAAUUAUAUUGUCAUCUUAUAUAAAAGAGAGGGGAAGGGGUUACAAUGCAAUUAGAAGAAUCUCAGCUGAUCAUUGGACUUGACUUUUGUCAUGAGCAUCAUUGAUUGGGAGCACCAUCUAAGUGAUAUUUGAUACUGUCUCACAACAAGAAAACUGGUCCAAAAGACGACUCUAAAUUACAAAAGUGAACGCUUUUAAGUGAAAAAGCGUCAUGCAUUGGAAUUGAUGGCAUCGUUGCUAAAACCUUUGAAGCUAAGCAUCUUAGGGUUAAUAUGGAUGCUGACACAAUUUAGAGUCGCCUAAAUUGAUUCUUACAAAUGAAACUCAUAGUAACAAUGUGUCGGCUCAGACAACUCUACAAGAAAAAAAUUUAAAAAUAUUAUUUUAUUUCAUUUAGAGCC